AUGAACCCCGAGUACGAUUAUUUGUUUAAGCUUUUGCUUAUUGGCGAUUCUGGAGUUGGAAAGUCUUGUCUUUUGCUCCGUUUUGCUGACGAUACCUACACCGAGAGCUAUAUCUCCACUAUUGGUGUUGAUUUCAAAAUCAGAACCAUUGAAUUGGAAGGUAAAACUGUAAAGCUCCAAAUUUGGGAUACUGCUGGUCAAGAGCGUUUCCGCACAAUCACCUCAUCUUAUUACAGAGGAGCACAUGGUAUCAUUGUUGUCUACGACGUUACUGAUGAAGAUUCUUUCAACAAUGUGAAGCAAUGGUUGCAAGAAAUCGACAGAUAUGCAGCUGAAGGAGUCAACAAAUUAUUGGUCGGUAACAAGAGCGAUUUGGUUGAUAAAAAGGUGGUUGAUACUGAGCAAGCAAAGGAGUUUGCUGAAUCACUCAAGAUACCCCUUUUGGAGACCUCUGCCAAGGAUGCCACCAAUGUUGAACAAGCUUUCUUGACCAUGGCCAAGCAAAUCAAGGAUAGAAUGGGCUCCACUAUGCAACAAACUCAAGCCAAGGCCACUGUCAAGGUCGGCCAAGGCGCUUCUCUCGAGCCCAAGCAAUCUGGCGGAUGUUGUUAA